AUGAGUUUGACAGUGUGUUUGCCAGAGAGGUGCCCUGGGAAGAAUUUCUCCAAAGGGACCAAUAAUGACCUGGAUGACAUCAGCUCUAAAACAGGGAUCACACUGAAGAGCUGCAGGAGACAGGUGAGACUAACACAAACACCACCCUGAGAAGGGGCUGCAUUAAUAUAGUGUGACUCCUGACUGUAUUAACACACAACUCCCAUCUUGAGAAGAACCUGUCAUUCAAGAGCAGCUUAAAUGCAGAAGGACAGGCCAGGACAUCAGCUGGACACCACUGCUCUGUAAUUUAAUUAUCUGUCCAGUUUAAGCACUGUCAUGCAGCGAUUUGCCUGCCAGCCAUGGGGCUUUUAGGGUGAGGUCAUGAUUAGAAAUACAAAAGUCAUCUGAUAUAGAGCAUACCAACACGAAGCACAUCUCUGUCUGUCUGUCUGUCUGUCGCUCUCUCUCUCGUUUGACAAUUUCAAGCGGUUGUUCAAGGUAGUGGAGGAGCUCAAGGGCCCCCUAGUGGAGAACAUACAGCGUCACUUCUUGCUGUCAACACAUUGGCAAGGUGGAUACAAGAAUAAAGUGAAGGACAGAGGGAGGAAUAAGGAAGGAGAAACAGAAAGAGUGUAGCGAAAGAGAUAUGUCAACCAUAAGUCUAGUAUAUAUAUUCACAGGAAAUAACAUACCUGUGUAUUCCUGGGUAAAUGUUAUUGUGUGACUGUUUAUAGACCAUUUGACUAUAUGGUUUAUAGAAUGAUGGAUGAUAAAAGGAUAAUUGCCUGUGUUCCUUAGGUUCAGGCCCUCCAACGUACUGUGCCUCCCUCUAACUUGUCUCUCUAUCCCUCCAGGGACUAUGCUGCCAUUGUGUUCUUUGCAAACAGCCAUUUUGAGACAGGAAAGAGGAAGCUGCAGUACCUCUCCUUCCAGGACUUUGCCUUCUGUGCAGACCAGCUCAUCAGUUACUGGACAAUAGUAGCAGUGGGUAAGAUGCAUCUCUGUUGAUGUGACCAGUCAUUGAUGGCACCAAAGCAUGCAUAAUGCUGCUAAAUUUAGUAGAGAAUGCAAGAAGACAGUCCCAUGAAAAAUUGUUGGCAUAAUAUAAAUAAUUAUUUGAACCCAAAGCUGUUGUCACAAACAAUGCAGGACAUAUUCGGCUUUCUGGCACCAGAUCCCAUUAGUUUUUUUUGUCUCUGUCUCUUCACAGAUAGCUUGAUGGAGGAUAUGGAUGUUGACUAA